AUGGAAAUCUAUGAUGAAGUGAAAAAGAAUGUUUCCGAAGCGAUUGCGAAAAUUUCAAAAUACACCGAGAAAGAUUUUAAAAUUCGUUCACAAAAAUCAUUGAUGCUCAGAUGCCUUCCAGGGCGAAAUGCCGGUAAAGAACGGACUAAAGAUGGCGUCACUCGCAGAUGUACGAAAGAAGGUCUCCUCGAUUUAGGAGAGAUCAAACAAAUUCUUGAUCCGAUGGGCAACAUUUUGGGAAAUAUUGGCGGAACGGUGGACUUGAAGGAAAUGAAACUUUGGAUUCCGAAAAAGAGAUAG